UGUAGGGAAAGUCACGAGACCUACAUGAGCGGUCCACAUGAUGUCUUGACCUAUGACACUGAUAACGCGAAGCUUGUCACUCCCAGUGCAAGUACUGCAGGUCAAUCACGGACGACACGACGACAGAACUGUGUCCAAGUUCCGUGGCCUGUUUUCUUGCCCCCGAUGCAGGAUUCUGACAGCAGGUUCUCUUCAGAGCAACGGGAAAAUUACAACAAGAUGCCCGGGGGUCGACAAGGCACCCGCUGCCUACCGUUGGUUCGGAAAUGGCUGUUGCAGUCCUGGAAGGUUCUGUUCGUCUUGUUGCCGGCUGUGGCUCUGGUCCUUCUGUACAAUGGCUACAUCGUGCAGCAAUCGGAAACCCAUCUGCCACAACCGCUUGUACCUGUACAUUCAGAUCAAGGACAGAACGAUUUUCAAGCCGACAAUUCAUCGCAGAAUGCUGGAAUCAAUUCAACUAAGUCUCUCAGUCGCUUUAUUGUGUAUUCUUGCAACAAAAUCACUGUGUGCGGCGGUUGGGCAGACAGACAGAAGGGGAUCGUCGUGACCUACCUGAUUGCCCUCAUGAUGAACCGGAAGUUCAGGAUUGACAUGCCCAGACCCUGUGACCUGCAGUUCUUUCUCGUACCCAACGAGGUCGACUGGCUGAUGAGACCUGGCGAAACUAAAGGUCACAGCAUCAAGGAGAUCGAGGCAAUAGACGGUCACGGCCUGAACUUCGUGGACAAGCUGCUCAAGAAAGGCGACCUGUCCAUCCCAGAGAUGGACGCCGACUAUGUGGUCAUCACGGCCAAUAUGGACUCGGUGAACGAGCUCAAGAAGCAUCCUCUCGCCAAGACAGUUCCUUUGCUCUCGAACGAGACCUCCGUGCCUGAGAUUUACCGAAAGUCGUUGGGCAAACUCUUCACUUUGUCCUCUGGAUUACGUAAGACCCUUGAUGUUGCCAUGGAGUCACGAUCCCCCGACACUAAGCUAGUGUGCGCCCAGGUGCGCAUGGGAGGUGCAGGUAAAGACUACAAUGAUUCGGAAUCCUUCAACUCCAUGGCCAACGUGGAAAACCUGAUGGAUUUCUUGUCCAGAUAUAACGAUUCGACCAAGUACAGAAUGUAUUUCAGUUCCGAUUCCCAAAAGGUGGUGGAGUUAGGCCAAGCGAAGUUCCCCAAUCUCGUCAUAACAAUACCAGGGCCGAUCACUCACGUCGACAAGUCGAAAGGAAGUGACGCAUGUGCUGGUUUUGGACACGUCAUCGUGGAGCAGACUGCGCUGUCCACGUGUGACGUGCUGGUCAUCUCGGAAAGUGGACUGGGGAAGAUCGCUGCCUUCCUCCGGAACACGGACCAAGAACUUUACUUGUUCCACAACGGGAAAGUAGAACCGUUUCGACGAGAUAUGAGGUUCGUCAACAGGCAAUGGUGAACUGUUAUCUUUUUCAUUGCUAUCAUUAUUUUUUUUUUCUUUGAACGUCUUCUUGGAACCUGACAGUACUCGUGACACGGCAAACCAAACUGAGGAUUAACAUUCUGUCAGCAAUGUGUAGUCAUUUUGCCGACACUGUUGUCAGGGCUUUUGAAGACACCCUUGCUGGAUUCGUGCAAAGAAGAAAACGCUUCUGCCGUCGCAGUCAUCUUUUUUUGGUGGCAUGAAAGUCACGUGACGUUAACUGCAUGACUGCAUACGUGCAUGUGUAUAUAUGUAACUGUGAAAAUUUAAGCUGUUUGAAAGGAUGCGCUAUCAUGUGAGUGGACAUUUGCGUGUGUGGAAAAAGAAAAAAAAAACGACGACUGACCAAAAAAGCGGGCUCCGGGAUCAGGAAAUUGUUUUUCUUCGCUUGUUUUCCCCCGCAGAUGUUGCUCAGCCAAUGGCUUAAGGAUCAAAUAUGCUAUCUCGUCACAAACCUUCUAACCCCAAUGUUGAGCAAAAGUUAUGUUGGUGACAUAACAAGGGUCUAUGAUCCAUAACUAGGAAUAACUUUGGGGAAACUCCCUUCUGCCAUGAAGUAUGGCAAAAGGUGGUACUAACGAGUGGCGAGAUAAGAAGUCAAGACUGUCUUAAGGAUGACAGUAAGUUAGGUAAGAUUAAUUAUACUUGGUCUUUGAGUGAGUCACGAAACAAAGGUACCUGUAGUUUAUGGCAACGGCCUUGGUGCAGACGAAAGGUCGCUGGUAUGAUCAAGGCUACACGGGUCAGUAAGUGUAAAGCUAUCAGAAAGAAAAAAGCUGAAUGUCAUGUGCUGUAGAGUCACUUCACUACCUUCAUCAUAGCUGGGCUAUGACACCGUUUUACCUUUCUUUUAUUUUUUUAUCGUAUGCUAUCUUUUACCGUCAGUCUGUUACCUUCUGUUAUCUUCAAUCUUUUAACUCCUAUCUUUUACCGAAAUGUAAAACAUGGAGUAUCAAAAAUUGUGUUGAGACAAAAUCUCUGUUAUACGAAG